AACCCUAACCCUAAACCUACCAAUUAUCAAAAUAAACCCUAGCUCUCUCUUUUCACCAAUAUUCAUCACUUCUCCAUCCCCCAUGGAACCUCAAACCCUAGCUCUUUCUCUUAACCCUAUUCACAAAAAUUACAGCUCCAAUGUCGAUACUUCCCGCCCUUUUCGCUCCGUUAAAGAAGCUGUUGCCGUCUUCGGCGAGCGGUUUCUCGUCGGAGAAAUUUACUCUCCCAAACGCUUCUCUUUCAGCCCUCCUACAAAGCAUGAGAUAAUUACACCAUGGAAAUAUUCGUCGAGCCCUCAAAACCCUAGGGAAGUUAUUGAUGACGAAAAGAAUGAAAAGAAUAAUAAUGGUGAAGUAUUGGAUACUUUGAAGAAACUCGAGGCAGAGCUCGAGGAAACAAAGAUGGAGUUGAAGUUGCUGAAGAAAAGAGAGGCGGAAACCGAAGUUGCGUUGGCGACUUUGAAUGCUGAGCUUCAUAAGAACAUGUCGAAGUUGGCGGAGGCAGAAGCCGAUGUGGCGAAGAAGGCGAUAGAAUACCAUAGAAGAAGAGAAGAUCAGGAGAGAAAGAGAGAGUUAGUGAGAAAGAAGGAGAAUUCUUUGACUUUGGCUCAAAUUUUGUGCGUUGAAGAGAACGAUAUUGAUGUUGAAGCUCAUGCAGCUCGUUUUCUUGGAGGGAGAAGAUCGGAGGGCAAGAUGAUGAAGAAGAAGCCAAUUGUUCCUCUUGUUACAGACUUGUUCUUCAAGAAAAAAGGGUCCCCAAAUAAUUCUACAAUUCUUCAUAGCACUAUUUAUGCAUCUCCUAACAUGUACUUCAGCUGAGAAACUGGGACUCAUUUUUUCUCUGCAACCAAACAUCACAUGCAUCGAGCGAUCCAUUUGUAUGUUAAUAUUGUUUUAAUGAGUGUUGUUAAUUAGUUUGUGUAAGUUUUUUCUGAGAGAUAUGUA